CAUGCUGAAGACAUUCCUGUCUUGUGAAGCAAGUCUGUUUGUAUUUUAGGUUUGCCAGGACUAAUGAAUUAAAACAUUUGGACUCUCCACAACUUGCUGUUUAUCAAUGUCUCUGACAGGGGGAGGGUUUUCUUUUGCUCUUGCUUUUUCUAGAAGCAUGACAACAUCCUGGCUGUUGGAGAGACAAGGGAAGGAAAGAGGGGUUGUGGAGGGAAGCGGAACAGGGAGGUCCCGUGGGACGCUGGGGUCUGGGGCAGAGCAGGUAGCAGCGUGCCACCCUGACAGCUGUCUCUGCUCCUCAGAUUGUCAGUGGCUGCUAUGCAGCAGGUGCAGCCUGGUCUCUCACUGACUCUUUACUCCACAAAGGCAACGACUGGCCAAGGCAGUGGCCGGCCCUGGGUUACACAAGUGCAGACACUCAACUAAGUGAGCUGGAAGACCCAGGAGAAGGCCAAGGCUCAGGUGCCCACAUGAUCAGCACCACCAGGGUACCUGCAGAUAAGCCUGUACGCAUCGCCUUUAGCCUCAAUGACGCCUCAGAUGAUACACCUCCUGAAGACUCCAUUCCUUUGGUCUUUCCAGAAUUAGACCAGCAACUGCAGCCUCUGCCACCUUGUCAUGACUCCGCGGAAUCCAUGCAGGUGUUCAAACAGCACUGCCAAAUAGCAGAAGAAUAUCAUGAGGUCAAGAAAGAAAUCGCCCUGCUGGAGGAAAGGAAGAAGGAGCUCAUUGCCAAGCUGGAUCAGGCAGAAAAGGAGAAGGUGGAUGCUGCUCAGCUGGUUCGGGAAUUCGAGGCUCUGACGGAGGAGAAUCGGACGUUGAAGUUGGCCCAGGCACAGUGUGUGGAACAACUGGAGAAACUUAGAAUACAGUAUCAGAAGAGGCAGGGCUCAUCCUAACUUUAAAUUAUUCAAUGUACACUUAAGAGGUUGGUGUCUGCUUUGCGCUGGCCAAAAGAUUUUUAUUUUAAAGGAAUAGUGAGUCACAUUGAUUGCUACACUGUAUUACCCACAUGGCAAACGUUAUAAUGAGUUUAAUGCUUGUCAGCUUCUAGCUUGAGAGAAAGGAUAUUUUAUUUUAAGUGAGAUCAUUAAUGCAAAGCUGUUACCAAUAUAUGUUUUCAGAGAUCAGAAUUCUUUUCCAAAGAUAUAUAUUUUUUUUCUCAUUUAGGAAGAUACAACCACACUGUAUAUCAAGGAUAGAAAAUGAUAAAAAUAGAAUAUUGACUGACCCCUUUAAGAGUCAUGAGCAGAGCAGAAUUAAGCCAUGUAACACACCAGUAGGAUGCUCACUGUAGUCCCACAUCUUUGUGUUUUUACAUUGCAUGCCUUUAAUAUUUCAAAUGUGCUCAAAUCUAAACCGUCAGAAACCUCUCUGCAUAUAUUUAUGUUCACCAGUCAGACUUAAUCCCUCAAUGAUUGAUUGUACUAAGAAUAAAUGGUUGCAUAUCAUAAAAGCUUCCUCAUGAAAAUAUUAGCAGAAAUCAUGUUUGUGCCCAAAGCACAUUUGCCCAUGCUAACUUGCUGCCAUAAUAGAGACAUAUAAGGCUGC